CUCCUCUGGGUGGGACCGGCCUGGAAGGAAGAUUUUAAUGCUCUGAGAAACUGAGAAACUGUCUCACUCAACUCUUUACUCUGUGUACAGCAACUAAACAUAGUGCACAUCAGCGCUGGGGGAUCUAUCUGCAAGAAAAGCUUGAGGACAAAACCUUGAGUUAUUGAAAGAGCCUAAUAAGGUUUUCUCUGAUGAGCAUUAACACCAUGUGGGGGACACACCUGGUAGCUCUGGUCCUCCUGGCCACUUCAGCUUCAGCCGCCACCUCGGCCACACGGGACAAAGUCCUGAGUAACCACGCCACCAUCCUCGCUGACAACAGCGCAAAGUUGGCUUUCAGUCUCUACCAGAACAUGGCUAAGGAAAAGAAUGUAGAAAACAUCCUGAUUUCCCCCGUCGUAGUGGCCUCCUCUCUGGGUCUGGUGGCUCUCGGGGGCAAAGCCUCCACCGCCUCCCAGGUAAAAACCAUCCUGAACGCAGCUAAAGUUAAAGACGAGCAGCUGCAUGCCGGUCUGGCCGAGCUCCUGACCGAGCUGAGCGACCCAAAGACCCGCAACGUCACCUGGAAGAUCAGCAACCACCUGUACGGACCCAGCUCCGUCACCUUCGUGGAGGAUUUCGUCAAGAGCAGCAAAAAGCACUAUAACUGCGACCACUCCAAGAUCAACUUCAGCGAUAAGAAGAGCGCGGUGAACUCCAUCAACGAGUGGGCGGCCAAGUCUACUGAUGGCAAACUGGCUGAGGUCACCAAGGAUGUAGAGAAGACCGACGGCGCCAUGAUCAUCAACGCUAUGUUCUUCAAACCUCACUGGGACGAGCAGUUCCAUCAUAAGAUGGUGGACAACCGUGGAUUUAUGGUGUCCCGUGGCUACACGGUGUCAGUACAGAUGAUGCACCGCACAGGUCUCUACAGCUUCUAUAAUGACAAAACCAAUAAGUUAACCAUCCUGAGCAUCCCUCUGGCUCAUAAGAAGUCCAGCGUGGUGUUCAUCAUGCCCCACCAGGUGGAACCUCUGCAGAGGCUGGAGAAGAUGCUGACCAAGAAGCAGCUGGAGACAUGGAUGGGCAAGCUGCAGCAGUCGGCUGUAGCCGUGUCUCUGCCCAAAGUCAGCAUGGAAGUCAGCCACGACCUGCAGAAACACCUCGGGGCGUUGGGCCUGACGGCGGCCGUGGACAAAUCCAAAGCUGACCUGUCCAACAUCUCCGGGAAGAAGGAUCUCUACCUGGCCAGCGUGUUUCACGCCUCCGCCAUGGAAUGGGACACCGCUGGCAACGAAAUGGACACGAGCGUCUUCGGCACGGACAAGCUGAAAGACCCUAAACUGUUCUACGCCGACCACCCGUUCAUCUUCCUGGUGAAGGACCAGAAGACCAACUCCAUCCUGUUCAUCGGCAGGAUGGUCAGGCCAAAGGGCGACAAGAUGAGAGAUGAAUUAUAACCACGUUAAGUUACAAGCCUGACUGUGUGUGUGUGUGUGUGUGUGUGCGUGUGAGAGAGUGUGUGUGUAUUUUCUACUGCAAUAUGCUGCACGAUUAAGUGCAUUCCUUUACGUCACAUGCCGACAGCAUUCCACAGCACAUGGUUUAAACAUCCGACGCUGUGUUCUAGUGAGCCCAGCACCGUGCACACCUUUCCUCUGUAUCUUGAAGAAUAGAUUAGAUGUUUGCACUGGCAGAUCACGUUAUGGACUGAAGACUUACGUUAAGUAUGAUUUCCCUGAUUAAUGCCUAUAAAAUGUAAAUGCACAGUUAAUGGAGGAGGAGGAGGAAACCUCUGAAACAUUCUCAUGUGCCAGCACAAAAAACGGUUUCUGUUGACAAGUCUUAACAAUCUUUGUACAAAAGGAAUACAACAAUCUUUACUUUGUAGAGAUUUUAAGGUGCUUGUUGUUUAAUUUAAAAAAAUAUAUGUUUUAAUUUGUCAACUUAAUUUGUUAACUUCUAGGAUCUUCACAUCUUUUGCUCUGCUUUCCACUAUUUUUAACCAAGAGGCUACACUGCUGUCUUAGAAGUGGUCCUCCCUGGAUGCACUGAUCUACACUGGCAAACAAACCAAAUUAUGGCUACUUGUAAUAAGAACUAUUUAUAAAACAAUGUGUGCACAUAAUGAUUUGACAAUUUCAAUAAAUGAUUGGGUCUAAACUGUUA